CUUGAAACGUCAAGUCUUGGCCAACGGUUAACGUCAAGUCUUGCUGCGAUUUCGAACGCCCCAGAAACGCAACGCGCGCGAGUGUAUUACAUAAAUAGCGGAAUCAGAUAAAAUACCGAAAGCGAAACGAGCACACAGCAUAUACAGUUAAGUGACGUGACCUCAGUGCGGUGAUGGGCUCGCUGGCCUAGCAAGUGCAAAUCGAAAACUUGUGGUUCUUAGCAAAAACAAGAGUAUUGAAAACCGAUAAACAGCAAGCAAAACUUUCCAACCAUGAUGAUGAACGCCUUCAUUGAGCCGGCCCAGCAUCAUUUGGCCAGCUACGGGCUGCGCAUGUCGCCCAACACCACCGCCAGCAACAGCAACACCCAGCAGCAACAGCAGCAGCAGCAGCUCGAGAUGACCCAGCAGCAGCAGCAACAACAGCAGCAGCAGCAGCAGCAACAGCAACAGCAGCAGCAGCAGCCGCACCAGGACCCGGAGUCCGCGGCGGCCACGGCUGCGGCCUAUCAAAACUCCGGCUACGGGCACUUCAACAGCUACGCCUCCCGGGACUUCCUGCUGGGCAGGCGGGAGGCCGACUACGGCGUGACCGCCUCGGCCGGACAGGCCUCCGCGGCGGCGGACUCCAUGAUCUUCUCCGGCUUCCCCGCCCAGGCGGCCGAGCUGGGCUCCGGGUUCGGGCAGCACCCCUUCCACAGCCACCACCACCACCAGCACCAGAUGCGGAUGGGCAUGGCGGAUGCCUAUGCCGUCGGCCAUCCGUACAACCACCACGGCAACUUCCCGACGGCGCCGGUGCACCACCCGGCCGUGCACCACCCGGCCAUGCACCACCCAGCCCACCACGCCAUGUCCGGAGCAGGCGCCUUCCUGCGCUACAUGCGCCACCAGCCGACCUCCUCCACCUCCAGCGUCAAGCAGGAGAUGCAGUGCCUCUGGAUAGACCCCGACCAGCCCGGCCUGGUGCCGCCCGGCGGCCGGAAGACCUGCAACAAGGUCUUCCACUCGAUGCAUGAGAUCGUGACCCACCUGACCGUGGAGCACGUGGGCGGGCCGGAGUGCACCACCCACGCCUGCUUCUGGGUGGGCUGCUCCCGCAACGGACGGCCCUUCAAGGCCAAGUACAAGCUGGUCAACCACAUCCGCGUCCACACCGGCGAAAAGCCCUUCGCCUGCCCGCAUCCGGGAUGUGGCAAGGUCUUCGCCCGGAGUGAGAACCUCAAGAUCCACAAGCGCACGCAUACGGGCGAGAAGCCCUUCAAGUGCGAGCACGAGGGCUGCGAUCGUCGAUUCGCCAACUCCUCAGAUCGAAAGAAGCACUCCCACGUCCACACAUCGGAUAAGCCCUACAAUUGUCGGAUCAAUGGCUGUGAUAAGUCCUACACACAUCCCUCCUCGCUGCGCAAGCACAUGAAGGUGCAUGGCAACGUUGACGAAAAGAGUCCAUCCCAUGGCUACGACAGCGAGGGCGAGGAGAGCUCCAGCUCGAGCAUCAUCACCGGCGGCGCCCAGACGCCGCCCUCGACCCGCUUGGACGGAAGUGCGGGCAGUAGCAGUGGGGUGAGCAGCCUGAGCGGCGGAAGCGGCAUCAAAUCCUCGCCACACUCGAUCAAAUCGGAACCGAAUCCGAUGCACAGCGUCCACCUGGGUGCCUCGAGCAGUGGCAGCAGCAGCACGGCCAGCAGCAGCGCCUCCCACUUGUUGCAGCAGCAACAGCAACAGCAACAGCAGCAGCAGCAGCAGCAACAGCAGCAACAUCAGCAGCAGCAGCAGCAACUGACCGCCCACCCCGGCGACUCAAAGUCCUCGCCCGCCCUGCAACUGAUGGCCGCCUCCGCUUCCGCCUACCUGCCGCCGCCACUGGGCCCGCCGCCCUCGCACCACCACCACCCCCAUCACCACCAGGCUGCGGCGUCUCCGGGAGCGGCGGCCGCCUCCGCCUCGAUGCUGCACCACAACCACCACCUGCUGUACCAUCCGGCGGCCCAGCACCAUCCGCCCAGCGACUGGUACCACACGGCGGCGCCUAGCGGCUCAGCGGAGGCGAUGAACCCGCUGAACCACUUCGGGCACCACCACCACCACCACCACCUGAUGCAUCCCGGCGCGGCGACGGCGUAUUGAGAGUGGGAGAACUGGUGGCCCGAGGAGCCGCCACCGCCGCCGCCAGCGCCCCCCGCCCAGCCACCGGUGGCCACGCCCACCACCAUCGCAGGGGCCCCUGCCCAAGGCCAACUGGAGGAGUCGGCCUCCUCGCUGGACUGGAUCUGCUGCCAGCGGCUGCAGAACCUGGCCCUUGUGGCGCAAUGUGAAAACCAAAUAUUUCUGAAAGUUGAAGAAAACACUUUGAACUUUUUACCUGAUAAUUGAAAAAUUGCUGUUGAAACGAAAAUCGAAAACUCUCAUUUUGAUUCUUUGUCUUUGAACAUGACUAUUAUGUAUUUUAAAUAUUAAUAUACAAAAAAAAAUAAGAUGUACGAUCGAUAAAUUGCCUAAAUUUUUUGCUAUUUAACUGUUAUGUAAACUUAAACGUAGUUUUCUAGUUGCAAAACAAAAACAAACUAAAAAUAACAUAAAUUCGAAGUAAUCCUACUGUAAAUGUAAAAAAUAUGAGUUAAUUAUCGCAUACAUGUAAAAACCGUACUCGUAACCUUAACUUUAAAUGGAAAUUACUUAAGCAUAUUGACUACUUAGCUCGUAAGAUUUAGCUAAUUUUUUGUCGAAGCUGCUUUCAUUCUCAUUAUCUUUCCUCACAUCCCAGCCCCCAAGCUUUCUAGUACAAAAAUUGCAAAAUUAUACACUGUAAAAAGAGUUCAACAUCGAAGGGAUUGGAAGCUACAUCGCAGAUACGUAUAUACAUUUUCGGCCUUAGAUUUCUUCAAGCUUAAGUAUGCAAAAUAAAUUUACAAAGUUAUCACAAAAAACCAACAACAAGAAAACCCACAAAAAACCAACAAGUAAAAUAAACUGAGAAAAAAACUAUAA